CAGUUUUAAACCGCUUGGUGUGGCGGACGCUGCAGUGCCGGCGUUACGGCGAGUUUGCGGGUUAGAAACGCCGAUAAAGUGAGCAGGAGCGGCAGGUUUACAGCCGAUCUGUGCGGGGUGUUGGUUUACUCUCCACGAUGCCCUCGCAUACGGAGCAGUACGAGGUGCUGGGCACCAUCGGCUCCGGCUCGUACGGAAAAUGCCAGAAAAUAAGGAGGAAAUCGGACGGAAAGGUUCUGGUGUGGAAGGAGCUGGAUUAUGGUACCAUGGCAGAGGCGGAGAAGCAGAUGCUGGUGUCUGAGGUGAACCUCCUCCGAGAGCUGAAGCACCCCAACAUCGUUAGAUACUACGACCGCAUCAUAGACCGCACAAACACCACACUGUACAUAGUGAUGGAGUACUGCGAGGGUGGAGACCUCGCCAGCCUCAUCACAAAGUGCAUUAAAGACAGGAGGUAUCUGGAGGAGGACUUUGUUUUGCGCGUGAUGGCUCAGCUGGCUCUGGCGCUGAAGGAGUGUCACGGCAGGGGUAACGGAGGCAGCACGGUGCUGCAUCGAGACCUCAAACCUGCAAACAUCUUCCUCGAUGCCAAACAGAACGUAAAGCUCGGCGAUUUUGGCCUGGCGCGAAUACUCAAACACGAGACGAGCUUCGCUAAGACAUUUGUGGGAACUCCUUAUUACAUGUCCCCAGAGCAAAUGAAUCGCAUGUCCUACAAUGAAAAAUCAGACAUCUGGUCAUUAGGAUGUCUGCUGUAUGAACUCUGUGCUUUGUCCCCCCCGUUCACCGCAUACAACCAGAAGGAAUUGGCAGAGAAGAUUAAAGAGGGAAAGUUUAGAAGGAUCCCAUAUCGGUACUCGUCAGAGCUGAACACGCUCAUAUCCAGAAUGCUUCAUCUAAAGGACUACCUGCGUCCCUCAGUGGACUCCAUCCUGCAGAGCACUUUAAUCUCCUCUUAUGUGGCGGCAGAGCAGCGGAAGGCGGAGGUAAGGCAGCGGCGGAGGUCUGACUCGGGGCAGAAUAAACACCUGGACGCCGUUACGGCCGAGCUACGGCUGAAGGAGCAGGCCCUGCGGGAGCGAGAACGGGCUCUGAAGGAGAGGGAGGAGAGACUGGAGCAAAAGGAGCAGGAGUUAUGUAUCAGAGAGAGACUAUCAGAUGAGAAGCUUGCCAGAGCGGAGAGCCUGAUGGAAUCAUACAGCUUGAUGAGGCAGCAGAGGGCGCCACGUCCACUCUGUUCAGAUGUUUUAGGUGGGAAUGAGAACAUCUCUCCAGGGAAGAAGAAGGUCCACUUUGCAGGCGACAGCAAGGAGAACCUGCAGCCUGAGCAGAAGCCCACAGUCCAAACCCAGGAUCACAUGUUCAUUAAAAGGCUGCAGGCAGCCACCACAUGCCUGGGGAACUACCCGCUGAAGAGCAGGCCACUGCAGGGCCUCCGCUAGCCUCGUCCUGCUGGAGUUCAGGCUGGGGGAUAAUACGCCGUCCACAAUAUCAGAUUCCAAAAGGCACCGCACGCGACUCUAAAGAUGUUCUCGAGGCCUCCCAAAGCUCCUUGAGUGCCAUUGGGGUUAAUGAUAUGCUGGAUUACAGACUAUAGACCAGCCUGUGUGGCCAAAUUGUCUCAUGCACACUCCUUAAAGGAGAAACCCACCAGUUUUUUAAAAUUCCUUUAAAAAAGUCAAACUGUGAUGUAAACAGCGUGUUUUGGUGUGAAAUGGUUGAUUGUAGAGACUCAGACUUCUUACAGUGGUGGUUACCAUGACUACCACACAAAUAUAGCCAUUUUAUUUACUAUCUAAAACCAUCAGUGAACCUACACAGGUUUCAAGGGGAACGUCGAUGAUGGUAAAAUAGCGGAAAACCUGAAAAAAUAAUGACUUAUUUUGCCUCGCAGCUCCCCUGCACGUAUCUCUCUGCCACGAAUGGCCAAAACCUUUGCACCCACACAUCUACUAAACCGCUUAUCCUCCUGGGUCGCGGGGGUGCUGGAGCCUGUCCCAGUUGUCACUGGCCGGAAGACGUAAUUGAACCAGAUGAAACCAAAUCAUGUAGUAAAUUAAUUCCACAAUAAAUUCAUUUUAAUAAUAAUAAUAAUAAUUUAGGCCAAAACUGUCAUAAAACAUGUUUUAAAUUCAUAACCAUCUCAUGUCAUGACUCUCUGUGAGGGGCUUUUAGAGGUGGAUGUCUGGUUCCUAUCACCACCACUGUGAACAGGUCCCAGAUUCUCUAGACCAGAUCAUUUCUCACCGAACCACUCUGGGCGACUGGCUCCACCUCAAGGACUGACAUGUUCCGAAAUUUUGAUGAGUUCUGGUCCAGACCAGAGCAAACUGGAAAACACAGGUGUGUAUGUAGCUUUGAUGUAAUGGUCAUUUUAUUUUGCUGGUUAGUUUCAAUGUAAUGGUCAAUUUAGUGUUGGUUAGGAGGGGCAGUCUGGCUGUGCACUGCACUGGGUCAGGGUUUUCCUGCUGGUUCGUGACCUGGUGCGGCUGUUUGUGGCUUUUGGGAAUCUGAGUACAGGAAUGUUCUGAGGUGUGAAUUAAACAUGUCAACUGCUGUA